UCCCCCUCUGUCUCUGUCUGUCUGUCUCUCCCCCCUUCUCUCGCUCUCUCUCUCCCUCUAUCCCACUCUGAGACAGUCAGAACUCUCCUCCCUGACAGCCACAGACGUCCAGCACUUACUGCAUUCAGAGAGGGAAAGGAUCUACAAACCAAACUUCACAGAAAACUUUUUGUUCUCGUUCCAGAGAAUUUGCUGAAGAGAAGGAAAAAGAGCGAGAGAGAAAGAGAGAAGGAGAGAGAGGGGGAGAGAAAGAGAGAGAGAGCGAGCGCGCGGAGGAGAGAGAGAGCGAGAGAGAGAGCAAGCGAGCGAGCGAGCGAGCGAGCAACCCCAGCCCACUGCCUGCCGGAGGGAGGGGGCCAGGCUCCCCGGGCUUUUAAAAAAAAGCGAAUCACCCCAGCUCGGGCGGCCAGCAUGCCUGGGCUCUCGCUGAGAGGCUUUCUUUUGGCACUCUGCUGGAUCCGAGUCAGGAGCUCCCCUACGCCAGGCUCGGAGGGCGCCAGCCCCGGCCCCGUCCCGGAGUGCCCGUCCUGUGCCCUCAGCAGCCUGCCCAAGGAGAUACCCAGCUCCCAGCCCGAGAUGGUAGAAGCCGUCAAGAAACACAUCCUGAACAUGUUGCACUUGAAGAAGCGACCCGACGUCACCCAGCCGGUGCCCAAGGCGGCCCUGCUCAAUGCCAUCAAAAAACUGCAUGUUGGCAAGGUGGGUGAGAACGGGUACGUGGAGAUCGAGGACGACAUUGGGCGCCGGGCCGAGAUGAAUGAGCUCCUGGAGCAAACCUCCGAGAUCAUCACCUUCGCCGAGUCAGGCACUCCGAGGAAGACGCUACACUUUGAGAUUUCCAAAGAAGGGAGUGACCUCUCUGUGGUAGAGCGUGCCGAAAUAUGGCUCUUCUUGAAAGUCCCUAAGGCGAACCGUACCAGGACCAAAGUAACCAUCCGCCUCUACCAGAACCAGAGGCAAUCUCAGAGCAGCUUGGACGGGGCAGACGAGGCUGAGGAGGGUGAGAAGAGCGAGCUGCUGAUUUCUGAAAAGGCAGUCGAUGCCCGCAAGAGCACAUGGCACAUCUUCCCGGUCUCCAGCAGCAUACAGCGCCUAUUGGACCAGGGCAAGAGCUCCCUGGAUGUGCGGAUUGCCUGUGACCAGUGCCAGGAGACAGGGGCCAACCUAGUGCUGUCGGGCAAGAAGAAGAAGAAGGAGGAGGAAGGAGAAGGCAAAAAGAAGGAGGCUGGAGAAGGUGGGGCUGGAGGAGAUGAAGAGAAAGAGCAGACCCACAGACCCUUCCUCAUGAUGCAAGCCCGUCAGUCUGAGGACCACCCGCACCGCCGUCGCCGCCGGGGCUUGGAGUGUGAUGGCAAGGUCAACAUUUGCUGCAAAAAACAGUUUUUUGUCAGCUUCAAGGACAUUGGUUGGAAUGACUGGAUCAUAGCACCCACCGGCUAUCACGCCAACUACUGCGAGGGGGAGUGCCCCAGCCAUAUAGCGGGCACUUCGGGCUCAUCCUUGUCCUUCCACUCCACCGUCAUCAACCACUACCGCAUGAGGGGGCACAGCCCCUUUUCCAACCUCAAGUCAUGUUGUGUGCCCACCAAACUGCGGCCAAUGUCCAUGCUGUACUAUGACGAUGGCCAGAAUAUCAUCAAGAAAGACAUUCAGAACAUGAUAGUUGAGGAGUGUGGCUGCUCCUAAGCCCUCUCCUGCCCCUGGGGCUGGGGGGUGACAGACAGACACAGGAGAUGGUGAGAGGGCAAUGAAUGACAAGAAACAAGAGCCUCCUUUGGGGCAGAGUUUCUCCAUGAAACUUUGAAAUUAAAUCAACUGAAGACUGAAGGAAAAAUGCAGAUCAUCAUUAGCCUGGGUUCAGAGAAGAAGCAAGUGAGCAGGGGGCUGUGGAGGGGAGAAAGAGGAGGGAAUCCCCCUUCCUCCCUUCUUCCUAAGGAGAUCAAACUGGCCACCUUGGUAGGGGACACACACAGCCUCCACCCCUUGUUCCCUCUCAGUGCAAGCCCUGACUUGUCAGUCCCAUGGAUCCCCACCAUUUCCAAGAGCAUCCAGAAAGCCACGGAGUGGAACAUUCCCAGGGACUUUUGCCCUGAUUUGCCAAGGCCAUAAGGCAUGUCUAUAUGCCUGUAUGAUGUAUACAUAUAUCUGUGUGUAUAUACACACAGAUAUAUGUAUAGAUCUCUGAGCAAAUGAGUGCAUGUGCCCAGUGAGAGCACAUCGAUGUCUGCACACACUGCCUAUGGCGUGAUGAGCCUGGGAAGAAAAGGAUAAUGUGUUGUGCAAGGGGUCACACCUUUUCUGCAUUACUUUGGGGAGAGAGAGAGAGAGAGAGAGAGAGAGAGAGAGAGAGAGAGAGAGAGAGAGAGAGAGAGAGAGAGAGAGAGGACGGACAAGAAUGUGGGAAAAAUGAGAGAACAAAGGAAGGAAACAUACCAAGUAACAUUUCGUUAAGGUGCUCAUGAUUCUAGAACUAUGCAACCUAAUUGGUUUGAAACUGUUUACCUGAGAGAGAACAAAAAGAAAGACUUUUUUUUUUGUAUUGGAAGUAACAUGAUUAAUUUUUUUUUUUUUGCUUCAAGGAGAGAUACUUGAAAGGAACACUGUUUGAUCCAAACAGUUCUAUCUUUUGUAAAUGUUGUUGUUAUUGUUGUUGUUUAUUGUUUACUAUUUGCACUAUGAUGGUGUUUGACCUGUCUAAUCCUUAUUUAACAAGUAUUUUCGGGGGUGGGGGGUGGGAGGUGAAGAGCUGCACUUAAUGUGAGCUAUAGAAGAACUGCUAGCGCACACAAAAUAGCUAUUUUUAUUAUUAUAAUUAUAAUUAUUGUUAUUAUUAUUUUGUACCUUACAAAUGAAUAGACACGUACACCAAAGACAUUUGUGUGAGCCUUUAAACAGUCUGUUUGUGAUGGGGAUCAUUCCGAGGAAACAGGUCAGGCAUCCCGUGCUAGGGUGAGUGAGGCCAAUGGGAGCGAGCGGGCAAGCGAGAGCGGGCGAGUGAGAGCGUACAGAGGAAGACCUUCCACCUUCACCUGGCCGGGAACCAGGGGACAUUUCUUGCUGGACGUGUAGUAGUUGUACACUGUUGGAAAUCAGAUUCAUGAAACGGUAUAUGUGUGUGCACACCUGUCCAUCUGUGUGUGUGCAAGUAAUAUGCACUCACAUGUGUGUGCAUGUACAAUACACCCAAACCAACAUGCACACUUGUGUAUACAUGGCCCACACAUACAAACACAUGUGUGCAUGUAUACCUAUGUUGUAUCCUGUCCACGUAUAUUUUCAGAACUUCAGGCUGUCAUUUUUAAUGUUCCUAAAAUAAUGAAUGUUUGUGUGCAAAACACAGUAUUUUUAAAGAGGGUAUGCUUUUAUUUUUGCUUUCUCUUUGGAUUGUGUGGGAAUCCAUUGAACAUUUGGAUUGAAGCUGAGCUUGAAAUGCCAGUGACUCUUCGGGAAGGCCCUCUCUAAAGUCACGUGGGAUCCCCUGCCUCCUCUUCGUUCUUCUUUCCCCCAGCUGACCCCCAGCUGUCAGCCCCUACAGGUGAAAAUGGGGAAGCUUUGAUAUCUAGAAUCUUUGGUCAAUGGCAGCUUUCAAUUACAAAUAUGCUCUUAGAGACUUGCCAGGCUCUCUGGAAACAACUGGGUCAUGAAAAACCUGAAAGCCAAUGAUCACUGGUGUUGGUUAAAGGAUUCCUGUAGAAUUUUCUCUUGGUCAAGCUGUCCAAAAAGUCAGGAUAAGAAGAGAAAAAUUAGGUGGAGAGAAGGAAGAAAGGAGGCAGGAGUUUAAUCCCUUAAUUUUUUAUUUGUAUCUUCAGCCAAAACUCUAUGUAUGUGAGAAAGAGUGUGUGUGUGUGUGUGUUUGUGUGUGUGUGUGUACACGCGUGUGUGUUGUGUUGCCUGCCUGUGUUUCUAUGUAUUAACUGAAAUGCAAAAAAAGAAAAAAAAAACUUUUGUUUUAUAAAUAUCAAAGUCCGUGAUUAUAGCUAAGUUUUCUUUAAUUUAUUCCACAAUAUUUAGCUUGCCUAAUACCGCUAUGGGUUAUUCAUGUAUGUGCUUUUUUUAUACAGAUAUAAUUUUAUAGACUUGUUUGCAUCUUGCAAAAAGAAAAUAAUCUUGGAAUAAUUUGCUAAUAAUUGGGUAAAAAUUAAAUUCAUCACUAAAAUGUCUUGUAAAAUGCGAAGGCUUUCCAAACCUUGUCAAUCUGUAGGAUUAUUUAUCUAUGUAUGUAUAUAUAAAUUCACAGACAUAUACAGAUGCAUAUAGUCCUAUGCAUAUGUACAUACAUUACACAAAUAUGGAUGUGUGUGCACAUUCAUACAAACACAUUGGGGUCUCGAGCAACAAUGGGGAAGAAACAAAACCUGACCAAGGAUUGAGCAGCUGUCCUUGUAAAGUCUGUGCAGUAACUGUACCCUCACACUUGUUGGCAGGGAAGGUAAGACCAUUGUGUCUGUGUGGGAGCAAGGCCAGUGGGUAUCAAAGAACCAAGGGUCAGAAACAGGCAGGGCUUCUGAGCUAUUCCCCAUUUCUCUUUGUUAGGACAUCUCUGCCAGGUCAGGGUUGAGCAGGAGAGAGGGCAAGACUCAGUUUCAUUGCCAGUGUUCCAAUUGAAGGGUUUGGGAUCUGCCUCAAUGAUAGUGCUGAAGACAUUCAAAUGAGGCAAGAUGAAACCAGUUCCAUUUAGUUCCAAGGGCAGAGGGAGUUCCAGAAUAAGUGGGCAAGGCUGGGGCCUGUGUCCUUCAUUAGGGACCAAGGGGAGAAAAUAGGAGGGAGAAAAGGAAGCUGGUACUGGAUUAUGCGUUUCUAAAUUGAAGAGCUCAUCUCCCAAUUUAACUAAACACAAUCCUUGAAGUUAUCCGACAAGUGAAGUUGGGGUUGAUUGGUGGCUAAUAUAACAGGAAACAAAAAGAAAUGAAAACCUAUUGGAUUUGAAUUUUCAAACUAAAACUCGACAACAGUAGACACACAUACUUUUGGGAUGACAAUUGACAUCAUUUGGGUUUACACACUCACACACACACACACACACACACACAUGUACAUUUGAAUUUGAUUUAAUUAAAUUGGUGUUUCCACAGGCUAACUCAAAUUAGAACUCUUCACCCUUUUGGAGAUAUUUUGGUGGAGGAGAUACAUGAGGUUCCAUGCUUGUGAUAACCUUCUUAGAUAGCCAUUUUCUAAGUAUGAGUCCAGUUGGGUUUAUUCAGUUUGGUUAAAGCUGAACUUGGCUUUUCUUGAAGCUGUCUUCACUGUUUUCCUUCAGACCCUUUCUGAAAAUUAGAUCUAUGAGUAGAUCACAUAACACACACCUUUAUGUGUUUGUGUGUCUAUGCAUAGGCAUAUGCAUAUGCAUAUGUAUGUAUGUAUGUAUAUACAUAUAUUACACACAUAUAUCCUCAUGCAUAUGUGGGUAUGUAUACUCAAACCACUGUUCUAUAUGUUAAACACAUACAUCUAUCUGUUGUUGUAGUUCACCUUUCUCAUAGGGAACAAAAAUUUGUAGGAACCCAAUGAAAUCAAUCUGAUGCCUUGAAAAAUCUUUUGCAUCCAAUGCCUAUAUAAGAAAACAGAGAGAUGAUGUUGGGGAAUGUGGUUGUUAUCUGUGAUUGUUUUGCUUGAGUUCCCUUAAAAGUAUAGUCAAGCCUUUUUCAGACACUGACUUUAGAUCUCUUUGCUGGAAAAAUGUAACUAUUGAUUUGGGAUCGAAUCCAUGCUCCUUUCCCCAGAGGCUCACCUGGGCUCUCCUGAGAGUGAAAGGAAGUUUGUACUCCUUUGGUACAUUGACAAGGGGGCUAGAUCCUCUCUCAGGGCUUGGGUUCAAAUCUUGAGUGUCCUCUUGCUACAUGUGUGACUUUGAACAAGUUACUGUUUUUCUCUCUUCUCCAUCAGUUUACUCAUCUGUAAAAUGAAGUUGGACUAGCCUGCCUCUGAGGACUCUUCUUGAUUCCAAUCUAUGAUCCUAAAAGGUAUGAGCUGGAAUCUCUACCCACUCUGAGGUUCCAAUUUGUACUGAACUUGGAUUCCAAUCAUCCAGCUCCUUGUAAAUGCCUUCCUCUCUGUGGGCCUCCUGGCAUCCCUAUUCUUUGAUGUCAAAAAAAAUGAGUCACCCCAAAACCUACACAUAAAAUGAAAACUUGAAGAUGUGGGCAGGAGGGCUGGGGGAGGGAGUUGUAUAGGUUUAAAUUAAACCCUGUAUCUUGGAGGAGCUGUUGUGUAGGUCAAAGAAAAUGAAUGGUUAGAAGUCCCCAUUUCCAUGGGCAGAAACAAAUACUGCUUGGGCUAUAUUUGCUCACUCGCUUGCUCUUUCUUUUGGAUUUCAAGUGAAUAUUAUUUUUUUCUGGAUUCAUCCCCUCCUUUAUUUCUCCCCUCUAUUUAAAUGCUUGGAAAACAAGAUAUUGACAAUGGUUUAACUAUUUUUCUUUAAAAAAGAAAUGUAAUCUGAAAGCCAAGUUAUCCUAAAGCCUGUUUGGUUUAAACAUGCUUGUGCUCUGUGGUUGCUGUUAUUUUAUUUUGUCUGUUUGUUUGGUUUGGGGGCCUGGGCAUCCCCCUAGCAGUGCUUUAACUAAUUCAAGUUGUUAAUUUAUAUGAGUGCAUUUCAACUAUGUCAAUGGUUUCUGAAUAUUUAUUGUAUAGAAGGACUGGUCAUUUUUUUAUUUACAAUAUGUUUAAAGAGAUAACAGUGUGAUAUGUUUUCAUCUGUUUAUUGUAGAAGUUAUUUAUUUUCAUGGCAUUCCAUCUGAUGUUCGGAUAUUUGGAAGACAUGCAAUCUCUACUUUGUACAUUUAGGGGACAAUAUUCAUCAGCUCCUGAUAGCUUCUUUGCCUUAUGUUAAAUAAAA